GCAUGGAAAACAUGUGAUACUUUGGUUAAGGUAAUUUUUGUUCUUUGGAUUUAUUAUCAUCUGAAUGUUUUAAAUUUUGAAUUUCAAAAUUGUUUUAAAGGGAAGUGCUAAAGCGAUGAUUUUUUAAAAAUAGUAUUACAUCAAUAACUAUAAUCAUGCAUGUUAUUUUAUUGUGCAUGAUUUAUGUAUUAUACGGAAUUAGUUGCGAGGACAUGUUCGGUUCUUAUAAACUUAAUUACAGUCAGUUUAAUGAAGAAAACGAUUGUCCCGAAUUUCCUUCUGUUCAGAACGCUAAUAUAAAAAUUGAGAGUUUUGGUCGGAAUAAUAAAGUGGCGCGUAUUUAUUGUUUUGAUAACUAUGACUUGGUGGGAAACAGUGAUAUUUAUUGCGUGUUUGGACAGUGGGAGUACCUUGAAGCUCCACGGUGUCAGAAGACUUGUUCUCCUCCCCCUUUUCUCGAAAAUGCUAAGAUUGUCCUAGGGAAGAAAGCAAAAGAUAUUGUUUCUCCAACUGGAAAAUACAGAAAAGGAACUGUUGUAACAUAUACUUGCAUAAGUGGAUACACUUUGAUUCCUGCUGCUAGUCACAUGAGAGUAUGCAAUGAAGGAAAUUGGACUGGUAGUGAUGGCUUUUGUAAGCCUGACACUUUACGUGGUUGCCCACCACCAAAAGCCAUAGAAAAUGGUCAAAUAACUCCAAAUUUCUUCCUUCAAGGGGCAAAUGUUGGAGAGUAUGUUUUUUAUCAGUGUAAUAGUGGAUAUUCCUUGGUUGGGCAUAAAACAGUUCAGUGCAAUCGUGAUGGCGCCUGGGAACCUGAUCCUCCUAUGUGUCAGAACAACUUCGAUGCCUUCCCGGGGAUGUCAUGUAACACACCCCCUUUUCUGAAUCCAUCCGACACGGAAAGAAUUGAAGAGUACGAGAUUAAUGCUAUUUCGGGUGCUACGGUCGAAAUAGGUUGCAAAGGGAAAUACAGGAACACGCUGUCACCCUGUCAAUCAUCGAAAUUUUAUUGCAAAAAUGGAAAAUGGUUCGGGGUUUAUCCGCAGUGUGACCCCGUCCACGAUUGCCUGCCACCACCACCGGUGAGUUACGCGGUUAUUAUAGAUCAGAGCUACGGUACACAUUUCGAUAGUCAUGGGUCGUCUUUUCCUAUCCAUUCAAAAAUUACUUACGAAUGCCUUAAAGGUUACGUCCUAAAAGGGAACCCGGUCAUUACGUGUACCAGCAACGGUUGCUGGGAACCGACAUCGAACGCUCCAAUGUGCAUAAAAGCAAACGACAGCUAUUUUUACGAAGUGAACAAUAUCAAUGCGAUUCUAAUAUCGACCGCCACGGGUGCGGGUGUGCUUGGUAUUCUGCUACUCGCGUGUUUGGUGGUGGCCUGUCGCAAAAGGAGAACGCUCGCCAGGGCGGUGAACAUUUCGACACCACCCAGCUCUAGGCGCCAUCCUCACGACGUUCUUAACGAUCACGCCGUUCUUCUGCAGCAUCCCGAUCGUUUGGCUUUGAUCGCCUUCGCUGAAGGAGUACAAACUAACCAAGCGAACUCGCUUCCGUCGUACGACGAGGCGACCAGAAGCGAAAGAACCGUCUCAACGAAUCUCAUUACAGUCAAUCGAGUUCAGCACCAGCGACCACAUUGGCCGAUCUUGGCGGUGUGCCGCGGCAGCGGAAGAGGCCGGAGUUCCUCAAGCGCUGAGGCGAACUCUGCCCAUGUCGUUCGACAUGGAUCUUGUGCAUCUCACACGCCUAGUACAAGAUCCGGUGGCGAUUCUAUGGGUUCCACUGACACAAUGGCUUUGUCCGAAGGAUCGACUGUUGUAACAUUGGAUACAGCUUCUUCUCACAGUGGAACCUCCCAAAACCCGUCAUGUAGGGCGCAUUGUGGGAGUCUCGCCUCCUUUGACGGAUGUUCAAUUAUAAAUACCGAAGACGUACCUUUACUGGAGGAAAGCGAACUGGAAGAUAUACAGGGUGGGAGUAAUGACGUCGAGAAUCCUAUUUCCGCGGACGAACCGUCUUGCAAAGUAUCCACAAAUAGCGGUCCGGUUAUGACCGUAUAAAAUGGAUAUUUUGCAGGCAGUGCUCUUUUUUCGAGUCGCUGAUGUUUCUGAGGAAGUUCUCGCUCAUGAGAAUUAACUUGAUCGUGUUAUAUGUGAUAAUAUCAUAUUUAUCAAAUGUACCUAGAUGUACCCCCGGCGUACGAAAUGCUCUACAGUACCCACAGCCUAGGUUUCAUUCAGAGGAAUUAUUUUUGCCGACAUUAUUAAUUAAGUUAAAUUUUUGUGUGUUAUCGUUUAUGUAUGUACAUUAUUGUAAACUUUUGAAUGUUAAUCAAUUUUUGAAAUAAAAUUUGCAGAUUUCUGUUCCGUUCUCUCGUUUAUACUGUGCGUAACCCUUUUUGACAUUUGCUUUGCUAUGCCAUCUUAUUUGUGCAAAAUUUGGACCAAAAAACACCUCAUUGAGUGUGGCUAACAUAUAAAGAGACACGAUGAAAUACAAAAAAAAAUAGUAGAGGCGGUUAAGGAAUGGACGUCGUAAAGUGGUACUAACCAAAUCAUUGAGUUUUUGUCCGUUUAAAACAGGGAACUCAAUAUCGUCUUUGUGAAGCACAUGUUAUUUAGAGGGAGACAGAAAGUAAAAGGUCUUUUUCUCUUGUGAUAUACGCUAAUGCUAAUAGCUAGUGUUGGGAUUGGUCAAUUGACCACUUGACCAAUUGACUAGUCAAAAAAUGUCUUAAAUAAUUAUAAAUUAUUAUUAUUAAUUAUUAAAUAAUAAUAUGUAUAACCCCACUGCAAGGAAUAUCCGAAUUCGAUACUUAGCGAUUCGGGAAAUCCCAAUAAUAAUAUCGACUCCAUGUGGUUCCCGGAAGGACGCGACGGCGACGUAACGCACAACAUAAAUAAAUAAAUAUAAAUUUCAUAGUAUUUUUAAAAUGAUUUCGGUCAAUUGACUCGAAAAUUGACAUACAAAAAUUUGACCUGUCAAUUUCACAACCCUACUAAUAGCUGAAGAAAUUGCGUUUUUGUUUACCUGUUCGUAGUAGACUAGAGUGAAAUUAUUUUAAUGGUUAAUCCUGUGAUUUUUGAUUAUUAAUAUUAUAUAUAAAUAUGAUUGUGUAAAUGAAUUAUUUUUAUGGAAUGAAGUAAAUUGUUAA